UAAUAAUUUUUACUUUCCAAUUAAACUGAAUUGAGUAUACUCAAUACACAAUAAUACUUUGUAUACACGCGUAGAGACGAGAAAAUGCAAACAGUUCCAAAAUGCAGCUCAACAUGCAAAUUUGAAUACAAAGUACAAGUAAUUUAUUUUGUGAAAUUUACACAGUGAAAUAUAUGCCGAAUCAACAUCUACACGCGGCUUUAUGAAUCGUGAUUAAAUUUGUUGAUAUUGAUUUGUUUCAAGCGAAAAAACUCGAAACAAAUAGUUUUGUGACCAUUUUACUUUUGAUGAACUGGAUUAUCUUAACUAGAAUGAAACAUUGGUAUAUAGUUCCAUGUAGUUCCAAUAGUGGAAUCGGACAGCAAAGGCAUCUUUUCCUUUUCACUUCCAAUAAUUAAAUUUUGCUCUUCAUUAAAAUGGGUUCUAAUUUAUUGAAGUUCCAUCUCAACAUCAUUCCAAAUUUCCUUUUGAGUUUACUUCUUUCUCCAAGUUAUCAAAAUGUUUCAUCCCAAAAAUUGCCUCCACCAGAGAAUCCAACCUUUGCUCGGGAGCAGCUUCUAUUGAAUCCAUUCAGGACAACAUUGAAUCAAGGUCUAACCUGUGGACAGUUGAUUGUAUCUCGAGGCUUCAAAUAUGAACGUCACUUUGUUACAACAGAAGAUGGUUACAUACUUCAAUUGUAUCGAAUCAUCAAUCCAUAUGCUCAAGCAGCUCGAGGACGGAACCUCAAGCCUAUUCUAGUGCUUCACGGUGCACCCACUUCAUGCAGUAGCUUCAUGAUCAAUGGACCAGGCGGCCAUAUAAAGGAAUGGAUCAAUGGUAAUCCUCCUCAUGAUACAUCGAAAAGUCUUGCUUUUGCUCUGGCUAAUCGUGAGUUUGAUGUUUGGCUGGGAAAUGUAAGAGGAAACGUAUAUUCGUUGAAUCACACUCGACUUGAUCCCGAUAGAGAUCGCGAAUUUUGGAAUUUCUCAUUUACUGAAAUGGGCUUGUAUGAUAUACCUGCAAUGGUUGAUUAUAUUAUUCAGGAAACUGGUUAUGAGAAAAUUGUUUACAUUGGUUAUUCACAAGCCACUAUUGCAAUGCUAACGCUAUUAGCCAAGCAUCCAGAGUUUGCCAUUAAACUGGAUUUAAAUAUUAAUAUUGCACCAAUAGCGUUUUAUGGUAACACAAAUGGACUGUCUGCCUUUGUACCGCGAUCAAUAUUGCUUUCGAGGAUUGGUUUACUUUACUCAGGUCCUUUGAUUCCCUUUUUACCAUUUGUUGACGCCUUUACAUCCAUCCUUUGCACAAGCAAUGUUCUUAGCUCGAUUUGUCUCGAAAUUUACAAUUACUUGUUUGGACCUGAUCGUGAAAUGGUUUCACGAGAUCAAAUAAAAGAACUUCUCAGUCAAUUGGACCAAGACUCGUUUAAAAAUGCUCUACAUGCAAUUCAAUCAUUCAAAUAUGAUCAAAUUCGUGAGUUCGAUUAUGGUCCAAAGAAAAACCUUGAACUAUAUGGUUCGACCAAACCGCCCAAAUAUCCGUUUGAAAACGUUCCAACCUACAAUUUGGUUCUCAUUAGUGGAUUGAAUGACUAUUUAGCGCCACCAGUAAACAUUCAAAAACUAAGAAACAUUUUGCAAGGACCAGCACUAGUUGAUUAUGUUAUUACCUGGCCUCUUUGGUCUCAUGCCGAUAUACUACUCGGUGAUAAAGCCUUUUACUACUUGCAUAGUGUUAUCAUUGAAAUCAUUCGAAAAUAUGGCGACAACGUCCAAGCUUCAGAGGAAACUCGAUGAAAAUUUUUUGCACACACUUUUAAUCAACUGUUUUAAUCGCGCUCGAAUUAGGAAAAUACUUUCAGUGGAUUAUUUCAAAAUUUAUUUUGAUUAAUUUAGUAUCAAUCAAAGUACAUAAUCAUUUUAAUUUAUAUUAUAUUUGGUUGAAACCCUUGUUUUAAGUUUUCUUAUGGUGUCUAUUAACAAGGACAAGCUCAAUCAAACUUAAAAAAUCAACAUUCAAUUCGAUAUCUGACUCUUCAAUUUUUUAUCUAAAUUCUACCAUGACAAUUAAGGAAAUGAAAUGCUGAAGCUGAAUGGAUAGCUGAGAGAGAUGCUGAAGUCAAGGAGUGGGAAAAAAUUACCAAAAUGUGUGAUUUCAAUCCAAAGCCUAACCAAAAAGGUGCAAAAGACACUUCUAGAAUUCGUUCCCUUUUGGUUCACUUGAAGCAGAAUCCACCCCUAGAAUCUGCUUGAUUCAAUCAAUUGCUUCUUUCCUGUAGAAUCUUGAUUUAAAGUCAUGGUUUUGUUUUAUUACAAAUUCAAAAAAAUCG